CACUGCAGACCACAAACAGCGGCUUUUCACGUUUUCUUUCGCAAAAAAACUAUAAAAAUAGGUUAAUUUAAGUAUUAAAUACCUUUGCAAAACACACAACAGUCAUGGCGGAUGCCGCAGCACGUCAGCUGCAGUACGAGUACAAGGCGAACUCCAAUCUUGUGCUGCAAGCCGAUGUCCGACUCAUUGAACGGCCGCGUCGCGAUGAGGCCACUGGCGAGGUGUGCUCCCUGGUGGGAAAGCUAGACGGCACCCGGAUGGGCGAUCGAUACCAGCGCACCAAACCGGAGAAGACGGAGGAGCGCAAAGUAAAGCGGCAGAAGCGCGACGAGGCGCAGUACGACUUUGAGCGUAUGAAGGGCGCUACGUUGCUGUCCGAGGGCAUCGAUGAGAUGGUUGGUAUUGUGUACCGUCCGAAGACGCAGGAAACCCGCCAAACCUACGAGGUGCUGCUCAGUUUCAUCCAGGAAGCUCUUGGGGAUCAGCCUCGGGAUAUCCUGUGCGGCGCCGCCGAUGAGAUCUUAGCUGUGCUAAAGAAUGAUCGUCUGAAGGAUCGGGAGCGUAAGAGGGAUGUGGACAGUUUGUUGGGCUCGGUCACCGACGAGCGGUUUGCUCUGCUCGUCAACCUUGGCAAGAAGAUCACAGACUUUGGCAGCGACGCUGUUAAUGCGCUGACUGCGGCGCCAAACAACGAGGAGCAGAUCGACGAAACCUACGGCAUCAACGUACAGUUCGAGGAGUCCGAAGAGGAGAGCGACAAUGACAUGUACGGCGAGAUCCGUGACGACGAGGGCCAGGAUGAGGGCGAAGAGGCGCGCAUUGAUCACACCCUGCAUGCAGAGAAUCUUGCUAAUGAGGAGGCGGCGAACAAUGUGAAGAAAGACCGCUCCCUGCAUCCACUGGACAUAGACGCUUAUUGGCUGCAGCGUUGUCUGAGCAAGUUUUACAAGGACGCCAUGGUGUCGCAGAGCAAGGCGGCCGAUGUGCUCAAGAUCCUCAAAGAUGCCGCUGACGAGCGAGACUGCGAGAACCAAUUGGUGCUCCUGCUGGGCUACGAUUGUUUUGAUUUCAUCAAACAGUUGAAGGUGAACCGACAGAUGAUCCUGUACUGCACCAUGUUGGCCUCGGCCCAAACGGACAGCGAACGCCAAAGAAUACGCGAGAAAAUGCGUGGUAACUCAGCGCUGGCCAAGAUUCUCAGACAGCUGGACACUGGCAAGUCCGAGGAGCAGGAGGAGGGUGAGACCCGGGGAAGCAAACGCGGCAAAGGUGAUUCCGAGGAUGGAGGAGCAGCAGCUGCUGGUCAGGUGGCUGGUGUUCGCCAGCUUCUUGAAUUGGAUGAACUGGCCUUCACACAGGGAUCUCAUUUCAUGGCUAACAAGCGGUGCCAGCUGCCGGAUGGUUCGUACAGGAAGCAGCGCAAGGGCUACGAGGAGGUGCAUGUGCCGGCUUUGAAGCCAGUGCCCUUCGACUCCAACGAGGAGCUGCAGCCUGUGGAUAAGCUGCCGAAGUAUGUCCAGCCUGUGUUCGAGGGCUUCAAGACGCUCAACCGCAUCCAGAGUCGCUUGUACAAGGCCGCGCUGGACAGUGAUGAGAAUAUGCUGCUGUGUGCACCCACCGGAGCGGGUAAGACCAAUGUGGCGCUGCUCACCAUGAUGCGGGAAAUCGGUAAGCACAUAAACGAGGACGGCACCAUCAAUGCGCAGGACUUCAAGAUCAUCUACGUGGCCCCCAUGAAGUCGUUGGUGCAGGAAAUGGUGGGCAAUUUCGGACGUCGUCUUGCCUGCUAUAACCUCACGGUCUCCGAGUUGACCGGCGACCAUCAGCUGACCAGGGAGCAAAUUGCAGCCACCCAGGUUAUAGUUUGCACCCCGGAGAAGUGGGAUAUCAUCACGCGAAAGGGCGGAGAGCGAACCUUUGUGAGCCUGGUGCGCUUGGUCAUCAUCGAUGAAAUCCAUUUGCUGCACGACGAGCGAGGUCCGGUGUUGGAGGCUUUAGUGGCGCGUACCAUUCGUAAUAUUGAGACCACUCAGGAGGAGGUGCGUCUAGUGGGACUGUCGGCCACGCUGCCCAAUUACCAGGAUGUGGCUACUUUCUUGCGCGUAAAGCCGGACAAGGGACUCUUCUACUUCGACAACAGCUAUCGACCAGUGUCUCUGGAGCAGCAGUACAUCGGUGUGACCGAGAAAAAGGCUCUGAAGCGCUUCCAGGUGAUGAACGAGAUCGUCUACGAGAAGACUAUGGAGCAUGCCGGCAGAAAUCAAGUGCUGGUCUUUGUACACUCGCGCAAGGAGACCGGCAAAACGGCCAGGGCGGUGAGGGACAUGUGCCUGGAGCAGGACACUCUCGGCAGCUUCCUGAGGGAGGGAUCUGCCAGCAUGGAAGUGCUUCGCACUGAGGCCGAGCAAGUAAAGAACACCGAGUUGAAGGAACUGCUGCCCUACGGCUUUGCCAUCCAUCAUGCUGGAAUGACGCGUGUGGAUCGUACCCUUGUUGAGGAUCUCUUUGCGGACCGGCACAUCCAGGUUCUGGUUUCCACAGCCACUUUGGCCUGGGGUGUGAAUCUGCCGGCGCACACGGUAAUCAUCAAGGGAACGCAAGUCUACAACCCGGAGAAGGGUCGCUGGGUAGAGUUGAGUGCUCUGGAUGUCCUGCAGAUGUUGGGUCGCGCCGGACGACCGCAGUACGAUACCAAAGGCGAGGGCAUUCUCAUCACCAACCAUAGCGAGCUGCAGUUCUAUCUCUCCCUGCUCAACCAGCAGCUUCCCAUCGAGUCGCAGUUCAUCUCCAAGCUCCCGGACAUGCUGAACGCAGAGAUUGUUCUGGGAACAGUGCAGCAUCUGCAGGACGCAGUUAAUUGGCUUGGCUAUACUUACCUCUACAUCAGAAUGUUAAGGAAUCCCACCUUGUACGGAGUAUCACAUGACGCGAUCAAGGCUGAUCCCCUGUUGGAACAGCACCGUGCGGAUUUGCUCCACACCGCUGCCUGUUGUCUGGAGAGGAGUGGCCUGGUCAAGUACGAACGGAAGACGGGACACUUUCAGGUCACCGAUCUCGGCCGGAUUGCUUCUCACUAUUACCUAACGCACGAGACCAUGCUGACGUACAACCAAUUGCUAAAGCAAACGCUUAGCGAGAUCGAGCUGUUUCGUGUGUUUUCUUUAUCCUCCGAAUUCCGACACAUCUCGGUGCGAGAGGAGGAGAAACUGGAGCUGCAGAAGCUUAUGGAACGAGUCCCUAUACCCAUCAAGGAGUCGAUCGAGGAGCACAGCGCCAAGGUAAACGUGCUGCUGCAGGCCUAUAUCUCGCAAUUGAAGUUGGAGGGUUUCGCUUUGAUGUCAGACAUGGUGUUCAUCACCCAAUCCGCUGCCCGUUUAAUGCGUGCCAUCUUCGAGAUAGUCCUGACCCGAGGCUGGGCCCAACUAGCGGACAAAACGCUGACGCUAUGCAAGAUGAUUGACCGACGCAUGUGGCAAUCCAUGACGCCGCUGCGCCAGUUCAAGAAGAUGCCCGAUGAGAUAGCCAAGAAGCUGGAGAAGAAGCACUUCCCAUGGGCCAGGCUCUACGACCUGGAGCCCCACGAACUGGGCGAGCUGAUUCGCGUACCCAAAUUGGGCAAGACGAUUCACAAGUUCGUGCAUCAGUUCCCCAAGCUGGAGCUCUCCACGCACAUUCAGCCCAUAACCAGGGGAACACUCAGGGUGGAGCUUACCAUUACACCCGAUUUCCAGUGGGACGAGAAGGUUCACGGCCAGUCUGAGGGAUUCUGGGUGCUCAUUGAAGACGUGGACUCGGAACUCAUACUUCAUCACGAGUUCUUCCUGCUAAAGCAGAAGUAUUCCCAGGACGAGCACCAGUUGAAGUUCUUCGUGCCCGUUUUUGAGCCCCUGCCGCCACAGUACUUCCUCCGGAUUGUCUCAGAUCGCUGGAUCGGUGCGGAGACCCAGUUGCCCGUGUCCUUCCGUCACCUCAUUCUGCCCGAGAAGAAUAUGCCGCCGACAGAGCUGCUGGAUCUGCAACCGCUGCCCAUUAGUGCUUUGCGUCAGCCAAAGUUUGAGGCUUUUUACUCGCAGCAAUUUCCGCAGUUUAAUCCCAUACAGACGCAGGUUUUCAACGCGGUCUAUAAUAGCGACGAGAACGUCUUUGUUGGAGCCCCGACUGGCUCUGGCAAGAUGACCAUUGCCGAGUUUGCCAUUAUGCGAUUAUUCACCACACAAUCGGAUGCCAGAUGCGUGUACCUGGUUUCCCAGGAGGCUCUGGCUGAUCUGGUCUUUGCGGACUGGCACGGAAAGUUUGCGGCGCUGGACAUCAAGGUCGUCAAGUUGACGGGCGAAACUGGAACGGAUCUCAAGCUGAUAGCCAAGGGACAGUUGGUGAUCACAACGGCGGACAAGUGGGAUGUGUUGUCUCGCCGAUGGAAGCAGAGGAAGAAUGUGCAGCUGGUGAACCUGUUUAUUGUGGACGAACUACAACUGGUGGGCGGCGAGGAUGGGCCUGUGCUCGAAAUUGUGUGCUCUAGGAUGCGGUACAUUAGCUCACAGAUUGAGAAGCAGAUCAGAAUUGUGGCUCUUUCCGCCUCGCUGACCGAUGCUAGGGAUGUGGCCCAGUGGCUCGGAUGCAAUCCCAAUGCCACCUUCAACUUCCAUCCGAGUGUGCGUCCCAUUCCCUUGGAGUUGCACAUCCAGGGAUUUAAUGUCACCCACAACGCCACCAGAAUUGCCACCAUGUCGAAACCCGUUUACAAUGCCAUCCUGAAGUACAGUGUCCACAAGCCGGUUAUUGUGUUCGUAUCUUCGAGAAAACAGGCCCGGCUUACGGCGAUCGAUAUUCUUACCUAUGCUGCUUCGGACUUGCAACCGAAUCGCUUCUUCCACGCCGAGGAGGAGGACAUCAAGCCGUUCCUGGAGCGAAUGACGGAUAAAACUUUGAAGGAAACUCUAGCCCAAGGAGUGGCGUACCUACACGAGGGUCUAUCCUCCUCCGAUCAUCGCCUGGUGGAGCAGCUGUUCGACUCGGGAGCCGUGCAAGUGGCCGUUGUGUCCCGAGAUCUCUGCUGGGGAAUGAGCAUAUCCGCUCACUUGGUGAUCAUUAUGGACACACAGUUUUACAAUGGCAAGAAUCAUUCUUACGAGGAUUACCCCAUAACGGACGUGCUGCAAAUGAUCGGAAGAGCUAACCGGCCCAAUGAGGAUGCGGAUGCCAAAUGCGUCCUGAUGUGUCAGAGCAGCAAGAAAGACUUCUUCAAGAAGUUCAUCAAUGAGCCGCUGCCAAUCGAAAGCCACUUGGAUCACCGAAUGCACGAUCACUUUAACGCUGAGGUGGUGACCAAGACGAUUGAGAACAAACAGGAUGCCGUGGACUACCUCACGUGGACUUUCCUCUACCGAAGACUAACCCAGAAUCCGAACUAUUACAAUCUCCAAGGUGUCACGCAUCGCCAUCUAUCCGAUCAUCUGUCCGAGUUGGUGGAGAACACUCUGAGCGACCUAGAGCAGUCGAAGUGCAUAAGUGUAGAGGAUGACAUGGACACGCUGCCCCUCAAUCUGGGCAUGAUUGCGGCCUAUUAUUACAUCAACUACACGACUAUUGAACUCUUUAGUUUGUCGCUGAACAGCAAAACAAAAGUGCGUGGCCUGCUGGAGAUAAUCUCAUCGGCAGCGGAGUACGAGGAUGUGGUGGUCAGGCAUCAUGAAGAGCAGGUCCUGCGCACACUGUCUCAGCGAUUGCCGAACAAGCUUACGGGACCCAAUGAAACGGCUCCAAAGUUCAACGACCCCCAUAUUAAGACCAAUUUGCUGCUCCAGGCCCAUCUCUCGCGUCUGCAGUUGGGACCUGAGCUCCAGGGCGAUACGGAGCAGAUACUUAGCAAGGCCAUUCGACUCAUACAGGCCUGUGUAGAUGUGCUCAGUUCGAACGGUUGGCUCUCGCCGGCUGUGGCUGCCAUGGAGCUGGCCCAGAUGGUCACACAGGCCAUGUGGAGCAAGGACUCGUAUUUGCGACAGCUGCCGCACUUCAGUGCCGAAAUAGUCAAGCGGUGCACAGAGAAGAAAAUCGAAACCGUUUUCGAUAUUAUGGAACUGGAGGAUGAGGAUCGCUCGAGGUUGUUGCAGCUUUCGGACUUGCAAAUGGCCGAUGUGGCACGCUUCUGCAAUCGCUAUCCCAACAUUGAACUCAACUAUGAGGUAGUGGACAAGGAUCGCAUCAAUUCGGGUUCAACUGUCAAUGUCGUUGUCCAACUGGAGCGUGAGGACGAGGUCACCGGCCCGGUCAUUGCUCCGUUCUUCCCCCAGAAGCGAGAGGAGGGCUGGUGGGUCGUUAUUGGCGAUCCGAAGACCAAUUCCCUGCUAUCCAUCAAGCGUCUGACACUACAGCAGAAGGCAAAGGUUAAGCUGGACUUUGUGGCCCCCAGUCCGGGAAAGCACGACUAUACUCUGUACUACAUGAGCGAUUCCUACCUGGGAUGCGAUCAGGAGUACAAAUUCUCCAUUGAAGUGGGUGACUUCCAAUCGGAGAGCGAAAGCGAGUCGGAUUAGUGCAGAGGAUUGGGCUUAGUUGGGCAAAAAAGAUGAACUACUUUUACAAUUUAACUUUUUCAAUUGUAGUAAUAGAGAAGAGAAAGUAUCUCUACAAAGUAAGCGCAAAAACCAUUAUACAUAAAAUAAACCAAAUUUUUAAAACUAA